CAAUAAGAGCUUAAGCAAAAGAUCUCACACUUUCAAUAUAUUUCAAGGUUGAUCUAUAACUCUUUAACAAUGUCAUCAUCAUCGGUUCCUGAUUACUUGAGAGAUGAAGAUGUGACACAAGAAACAAGAGAUCUGAUCUCUUCUCUUCCAAAAGAGAAAGGUUGGUUAGUGAGUGAAAUUUAUCAAUUUCAAGGACGUUGGCACACACAAGCUCUGUUACAAGGAAUCUUGAUCUGCCAAAAACGCUUUGAAGCUAAAGAUUCUGACAUUGUCCUUGUCACUAAUCCUAAAUCAGGUACCACUUGGUUAAAAGCUCUUGUCUUUGCUCUCCUCAACCGACACAAGUUUCCGGUUUCUUCUUCUGGUAAUCAUCCUCUUUUGGUGACCAAUCCACACCUUCUUGUGCCCUUCUUGGAGGGAGUUUACUACGAAUCCCCAAAUUUCGAUUUCACUGGGUUGCCUUCUCCAAGACUGAUGAACACACACAUAUCGCAUCUUUCGCUGCCCGAGUCCGUUAAGAGCUCGUCUUGUAAGAUUGUGUAUUGUUGUAGGAACCCUAAGGACAUGUUUGUGUCCUUAUGGCAUUUUGGGAAGAAGCUAGCCCCUGAGGAAACCGCGGAUUAUCCUAUCGAAAAAGCGGUUGAAGCGUUUUGUGAAGGGAAGUUAAUAGGUGGGCCUUUUUGGGAUCAUAUAUUGGAGUAUUGGUAUGCAAGCCGUGAGAAUCCAAACAAGGUCUUGUUUGUUACUUAUGAGGAGCUUAAGAAGCAAACCGAAGUUGAGAUGAAGCGGAUUGCGGAGUUCUUGGGAUGUGGUUUUCUUGAAGAAGAAGAAGUGAGAGAGAUUGUCAAGUUGUGUAGCUUUGAGAGUCUAAGUAAUUUGGAAGUUAACAAGGAAGGGAAAUUGCCAAAUGGAAUGGAGACUAAAACUUUCUUUAGAAAAGGAGAAAUUGGAGGAUGGAGAGAUACUUUGAGUAAGUCCUUGGCAGAAGAAAUUGAUAGAACCAUUGAAGAGAAGUUUCAAGGUUCUGGUCUAAAAUUCUCUUCUUGAAUCAAUCUUUGAAACUUGUUCUUAUGUUUUUGUUUUGCUUCAAUUAUGUUUUCUUCAAUCUUGCGAGUUUUUGUUUUUUUUUGUUUUCUUUCUGUUGGUGUUAUUGUCUGAAUAAAAUGAAUCAAUCUUU